CAGGAGCCGGGCACGGGCCGAGUGCCCCGGGACAGGCCUGGCUGCGGUCGGGGCUGCCCUGGCACAGCGGGGGCCGGGGCCGCCGUGACCCGCUGCCCGUGGGGCUGGCGAGGGUGGGAGCAAGGCUCCGACGACGAAACGGUAAAGAGGGGGCUUGGGGGCAGCACUGCGAACAGCCGGGCACGGGGGGCACUCGGGGCUCUGCGCGGGGCCUUGGCCUCCGCUGUGGGGCUGUGUCCCUCCCCCCGGGGCCGCAAGAAGCGCCACACAGAGCAAGCGGGGGACAAGAACUCUCUCGAAGAACGAUUAAGUUGUUUCCUAGACAUAACUACCAGAUCCAUUUUAAACAAUGAACAGCAUUGCCAAAAGACUUUUGAAAUCAGUUAAACGUGGCCAAGCUGUGUGGCUGAGAAGCAGCUCUGCUCAAUCUGGAGAACAGCAUCUGCGGAAACUAGUUCUGGGGAUAGAGACGAGCUGUGAUGACACCGGUGCUGCAGUGGUGGACGAUGCCGGCAAUGUGCUGGGAGAAGCGCUGCACUGCCAGAAGCAAGUCCAUUUACAAGCAGGUGGAAUAAUUCCAGUGGUGGCACAGCAACUUCACAGAGAAAACAUUGAGCAAGUAGUAAAAGAGGCGCUUAGUGUCAGUGGAGUUUCUGUACGUGAACUUGCAGCUAUUGCAACUACAGUAAAACCAGGACUUGCACUAAGCCUUGAAGUGGGGCUGCAGUACAGCUUGACCUUGGUGAACAAGUACCAGAAGCCGUUCAUACCCAUUCACCACAUGGAGGCUCACGCACUGACCAUCAGACUCACGCACCAUCUGGAAUUUCCCUUCUUAGUUCUUUUACUCUCUGGAGGCCACUGCAUCUUGGCAGUAGCACAAGGAGUUUCAGAUUUCCUUCUGCUUGGACAGUCUAUAGAUAUAGCACCUGGUGACAUGCUGGAUAAGGUAGCAAGGAGACUCUCUUUAAGAAAGCAUCCAGAGUGCCACAGCAUGGCUGGGGGGAAGGCGAUAGAGCACUUGGCUCAAACUGGAAACCGGCAACAGUACACAUUCAGACUUCCCUUGCAGCAAUAUCGUAACUGUGAUUUUUCUUUUUCUGGACUUCAGAACCUUGUCAAUAACACCAUUAUACAAAAAGAAAAAGAAGAAGGUAUUCAAGAAGGUGAGAUCCUAUCCUGUGUUAAGGAUAUUGCUGCUGCUGUACAGCAUGCAGUGGCUCUACAUAUUAUCCAGCGGACAUAUCGAGCCAUGCUGUUCUGCAUAAAAAAUAGCAUCUUAUCAUCAAGAAAUGCAACUUUGGUUGUAUCAGGAGGAGUUGCAAGUAAUCAGUAUAUCCGAAAAGGUCUACAGACUUUGGCAGAUGCAAAUGAUUUUGCUUUUCUGUGUCCUCCUCCAAGAUUGUGCACUGAUAAUGGUGUUAUGAUUGCAUGGAACGGCAUUGAAAGGUUACGUGCAGGACUUGGUGUUUUACAUAGUACUGAUGGCAUCCGCUAUGAACCAAAAGCUCCCCUUGGAAUUGAUAUUUCAAAAAGAGUUGAAGAAUAUUCCAUCAAGGUGCCAAAACUAAGAAAGAAGAUACAAUGGUUCCCUCAAAAUCAUAUUAGUGAAAAUACCAAUUAGACCUGCAAAUCGGGAAUGAGUACAAAAUUCUACAAGGUCAAAUGAAACCUUUUAUAAAACUA